AAGACACACCUGCGGGAUUCGACUGCACAGACCCGCAGACGACGAGGGUGUGAGGACGGUCUCCGGCAGCAACCCCUCCAGCCAAGUAAAGAUGUCCCUGUUCAGGAAGUUUUUCCAAGACAUCAUCCGCGACAGACACCCUGACGGGGACACCGUCAAGGUGAAGGGGAAAGUGAAGCCCAAGUAUUAUGGGACGGUCACCCCGUACCCCAACUUCAACGCCAGCAGCGACGCACAAGUUCUCAAGAGCGCCAUUGAGACUAAAGGAGUGGACGAGGACGUGAUCAUCGCCGUCCUGGUGAGGAGGAACAACGAGCAGCGGCAGAAGAUCAAGGCCGUCUACGAGGCGUCCACCGACAGAAAGCUGGAUUCAGAUCUGAAGUCGGCCCUUCGCUCAGACCUGGAGGACGUCUCUCUGGCUCUGCUCAUGACGCCGGCUCAGUUCGACGCCCACCUGAUCAGGAAGGCCACAAAGCGCUUCGGCACAGACGAGGACGUCCUGGUGGAGGUUCUGGCGUCCAGGACCAACCAAGAGAUUCGAGAGCUCAAGAAGGCCUUCAGAGAAGAGUACGAAGUGGAGCUGGAGGAUGUGAUAAAGGACGAGACCAGCGGCGACUUCACCGCGGCUCUUCUGGCCAUGUUGGCGGCAAAGAAAGACGAGGACCACGACGUGGACGCGGAGCUGGCCGAGAGCGAUGCAAAGACUCUGUUUGAGGCGGGAGAGAAUUCCAAAGGAAUCGACGUGUCCACCUUCAUCGAGAUCCUGACCACGCGGAGCGGACCGCAGCUCACCAGGACGUUCCAAGAGUACGCCGACGUCAGUGACCUCACGUUACCCAAGGCCCUGUUCCUGGAGCUGAAAGGAGACAUCGAGGACUGUCUGGUUGACAUCGUGAAAUGUGCCUGGAGCAAACCGGCUUUCUUCGCCGAGAAGCUGCACAAGGCCAUGGAGGGCCGUGGCACAUGCGAGAAGACGCUGAUCAGGAUUCUGGUGAGUCGCUCUGAGAUCGACCUGAAGAAGAUCGUGGAGGAAUACAGGGCCAUGUACGACGUUAGUCUGCAGGAACACAUACUGCAUGACACCGAGGGCCAUUAUCAGAAGGUCCUGCUCGGACUGUGCGGACCCCACUGAGCUCUGUCACGACCGCUGUCUCGUCCACAGGGAUGAAACUGAAAUCUGUCAUUUUGCGAUAAUCUGACAAAUUUGUCUUUUUCAGUUGAUAAUAAUAAAACAGAAACUCUCA